CAGGUCAGUCACUUGGCACCGACUACACACCGGUUCUCUCUCACCGGAACUCACUCAGUGAAUGUGACCGGCUGAGUGAGCUCUUGUUUUGGGGGGUUUGUUUUAUUUUUUCUUGUCUUUUCAUUUUUUCUUCUUCUUCUUCAUCUUCUUCUUCUUCACGCUCCACAGCAGCGAUUAAAACACAUCACCGGGGUGAACGCGCCUCAACUCGCCGCCUCAACCCCGCCGCUGUCGUGGGGGGAAAUGACAAGCGAGAGACCGGUGACAAUGCCGGGCUCCGUGUCGCUCUCGAACCGACAAACUCCUCCAGGUCACGGGCAGCACGCGGCUGCCGUCCCCGGUGAGGCAGUGAUGAUGCGCGGCUCGGGUCCGGUGCUCCUCCCGGCUGGGAUUAUCAAUCCGUCGGUUCCAAUCCGGAAUAUCAAAAUGAAAUUUGCGGUUCUAAUCGGACUGAUCCAGGUUGGAGAGGUUAGCAACCGGGAUAUUGUGGAAACGGUGCUGAAUCUGUUGGUCGGUGGUGAGUUCGACAUGGAGGCAAACUUCAUCAUCCAGGAUGCGGAAAGCAUCGGCUGCAUGGUGGAGCUGCUGGAGAACUGUGACGUCACCUGUCAGGCGGAAAUCUGGAGCAUGUUCACGGCCAUCCUUAGAAAAAGUGUCCGAAACCUGCAAACGUGCACCGAGGUGGGCCUCAUCCAGCAGGUGCUGCUCAAAAUGAGCUCAGUGGAAGACAUGAUUGCAGACUUGCUUGUGGACAUGUUGGGAGUGCUGGCCAGCUACAGCAUCACAGUUAAGGAACUGAAGUUGCUCUUCAGCAUGCUCCGAGGGGAAGGAGGCCUCUGGCCGAAGCACGCUGUCAAAAUGUUGUCCGUGUUGAAUCAGAUGCCCCAGAGACACGGUCCAGAUGCCCUCUUCAACUUCCCUGGGCGCUGUGCAGCAGCCAUUGCUUUACCUCCUAUUGCCAAGUGGCCUUAUCAGAAUGGGUUUACGUUCAACACCUGGUUCCGAAUGGAUCCCUUGAAUAACAUCAACGUCGACAAGGACAAACCAUACCUCUACUGCUUUCGCACAAGCAAAGGCAUCGGCUACUCUGCUCACUUUGUCGGUAACUGCUUGAUCGUGACAUCGCUCAAGUCUAAAGGAAAAGGUUUCCAGCAUUGUGUGAAGUACGAUUUUCAGCCAAGGAAGUGGUACAUGAUCAGUACCGUUCACAUCUACAGCCGCUGGAGAAACAGUGAAAUCCGAUGCUACGUUAACGGGCAGCUUGUGUCGUACGGAGACAUGGCAUGGCACGUCAACACAAAUGAUAGUUAUGAUAAGUGCUUCCUCGGCUCCUCUGAGACAGCGGACGCUAACAGAGUAUUCUGCGGGCAGCUGGGAGCCGUCUAUGUGUUCGGUGAAGCCCUCAAUCCUGCACAGAUAUUUGCAAUUCAUCAGCUCGGGCCAGGCUACAAGAGCACAUUCAAGUUCAAGUCAGAGAGUGAUAUCCACUUAGCAGAGCAUCACAAGCUGGUGUUGUACGACGGCAAGUUAGCCAGCUCCAUCUCCUUCACCUACAACGCCAAGGCCACUGACGCUCAGCUCUGCCUGGAGUCCUCGCCGAAAGAAAAUGCCUCCAUCUUUGUGCACUCGCCACACGCCCUCAUGCUACAGGAUGUGAAAGCCACGGUGACUCACUCCAUCCACAGUGCCAUCCAUUCCAUCGGUGGGAUCCAGGUGCUGUUUCCCCUCUUUGCUCAGCUGGACUAUCAUCAGCUGAACGACUGCCAGGUGGAAACCACUGUUUGUGCCACUCUCCUGGCAUUUCUCGUUGAGCUGCUCAAGAGCUCUGUGGCCAUGCAGGAGCAGAUGCUCGGGGGAAAGGGCUUUUUGGUGAUUGGAUACCUGCUAGAGAAGUCGUCACGUGCCCACAUCAGCAGGUCUGUCCUGGAGCAGUUCCUCUCCUUUGCAAAGUACCUGGACGGUUUGACACAUGGGGCACCACUGCUGAAGCAGCUGUGUGACCACAUCCUGUUCAACGCUGCCAUCUGGAUCCACACCCCUGCCAAGGUACAACUCUCUCUCUACACAUACCUGUCCUCUGAGUUCAUCGGCACGGCCACCAUCUAUAACACAAUUCGUCGAGUGGGCACGGUGCUGCAGCUCAUGCAUUCGCUCAAGUACUACUACUGGGCCGUCAACCCAGCAGACAGCAGCGGCCUCACACCAAAGGGUCUCGAUGGUCCGAGGCCGACCCAGAAGGAAAUUACUUCUCUGCGGGCAUUCAUGCUUCUCUUCCUCAAGCAACUCAUCCUGAAGGACCGAGGUGUGAGGGAAGACGAGCUGCAGAGCAUCCUCAACUAUUUGUUAACAAUGCAUGAGGAUGAGAAUCUGCAUGAUGUGCUGCAGUUGGUGGUAGCACUCAUGUCUGAGCAUCCCGCCUCUAUGAUCCCUGCUUUUGACCAAAGAAAUGGAAUACGGGUGAUCUACAAGCUCAUGGCCUGCAAGAGUGAGAGCAUUCGAGUACAAUCCCUCAAAGUCCUUGGGUAUUUCCUCAAGCAUUUGGGCCACAAGAGGAAGGUGGAGAUCAUGCACACACACAGCCUCUUUACUCUCCUGGGAGAGAGGCUAAUGCUGCACACCAACACUGUGACGCUGACAACCUACAACACUCUGUACGAGAUCCUGACAGAGCAGGUGUGCACGCAGGUUGUUCAUAAACCUCAUCCGGAGCCCGACUCCACCGUCAAGAUUCAGAACCCGAUGAUCCUCAAGGUGGUAGCGACCUUAUUGAAGAGCUCCGCCCCCAGCCCAGAGCUGAUGGAGGCGCGGCGACUCUUCCUCUCAGACAUGAUCAAACUGUUCAGCAACAGUCGAGAGAACAGACGGUGUCUUCUCCAGUGCUCGGUUUGGCAGGACUGGAUGUUUUCUCUCUGCUACAUCAACCCCAAAAAAGCUGACGAGCAGAAGAUCACCGAGAUGGUGUACAACAUCUUUCGUAUUCUCCUCUACCAUGCCAUCAAGUAUGAGUGGGGAGGAUGGCGCGUGUGGGUGGACACGCUCUCUAUAGCCCAUUCUAAGGUAACAUAUGAGGCACAUAAAGAGUACUUGGCCAAGAUGUAUGAAGAAUACCAGCGUCAGGAGGAGGACAAUAUAAAGAAAGGCAUAAAGGGGCUGGUCAGCACCAUCUCUGGUCUUUCUGCUCAGGCAUCUGGCAUUCAAGGUGCAAUAGAGAUCAGAGAAAUGGACGAUAACUCCCGGACACCUGAGAGCGAGACGGACUUCGAGAACGCAGACUCGCACAACCUGCUGGCUGAAGGGAAGGGCCCGGAGGAGGGUCUGAGCGGAAUGGAGGGUGUGGUCGGCGGGGUCAGGGUCGAAGUUCACGACCUCCUGGUGGACAUCAAGGCUGAAAAGGUGGAAGCCACUGAGGUGAAACUGGAUGAUUUGGACUUGUCGUUGGAAACUCUGGGAGUAUCUGAGAAUGGUUCACUGUUGGAGGUGGAUUCACUGCUGGAUAAUGUUUAUUGUGCUGCUGUGGAAAAGCUCAGCAGUAAUGGCAACAAUGUGCUGUUGCCAAAGAGCGGCAUGGACGACCGAAAUGCAACCCCUCUCAUUACACUCGCUGAUGACAGGGACAUUAUCGCUAAUGACAACAACUUCCUGUUUGGCAAGGUGACAAGCAGCAUGGAGGACAAGCUCCUGCCUGAUCUCAGUCCAGCUGAGCCUCUGGUCCUGCCCAGCCAGGGGCCUCCUGUGCACACCAGCGCCAGUGAUGAACCGGGCCUUCUAGCUCACAUGACAGGCAGCUCUGAGCUCGGCUCCUUACCUAUUAUCCUGGAGAAGGAUGAGUUUGAACUGCAGGCAGCCUUGGAGGGCAUCAGCUCGGUGGCUGGUACUGAGACGGAGGCUUCAUCCAAAAGCCCGGAGGUCACGAAGGGAACAGCUGCAGUGGUAUCUGACGGGGAGCCCUCGGCUGGUAGGACCAGCGGCACAGCAGACGCCACAAGCAACGCUUCUGACACAGAGCGAUCAGAGGACGGCAAAGACAAGGAGAUAAAGAAGAUUCAGACGACAGCCACCACACAGAGUCUGCAUGGCCGCCACGCUCCCCACAUGGAGAGGGACAUCCACGUGGACCUCGGCUUCAGGGGCACGCCCAUGACGGAGGAGCAGCGGCGUCAGUUCAGCCCCGGCCCGCGAACCACGAUGUUCCGUAUCCCAGAGUUCAAAUGGUCGGCCGUGCACCAGAGGCUGCUCACCGACCUGUUGUUUGCACUGGAGAGCGACGUCCAUGUCUGGAGGAGCCACUCCACCAAAUCUGUCAUGGACUUUGUUAAUAGUAAUGAAAACAUAAUUUUUGUCCACAACACCAUCCACCUCAUCUCACAAAUGGUUGACAACAUCAUUAUUGCCUGUGGAGGGAUUCUGCCUCUUCUCUCAGCGGCCACCUCUCCAUCUACUGAGUUGGACAACAUCGAGGGGACACAGGGCAUGUCCUCGGAGACCGCCAUCACCUUCCUGUCCCGUCUCAUGGUUAUGGUGGACGUGCUGGUGUUCUCCAGUUCCCUCAACUUCAGUGAGAUCGAGGCUGAGAAGAACAUGUCUGCCGGUGGCCUGAUGCGUCAGUGCCUCAGACUCGUGUGUUGCGUGGCUGUUAGGAACUGUCUGGAGUGCAGGCAGAAACACAGAGACAGGGGAAGUAAGUUUUACAUUCCCAACAACAACAAGACUCAGGACAUCCUGCUAAAUGCUGGGACUGCCAGCAAGGACCCCGAUCGCCUUCUGCAGGAUGUAGACAUUAAUCGUCUGCGAGCUGUGGUGUUCCGUGAUGUGGAUGACAGUAAGCAAGCCCAGUUCCUAGCUCUGGCUGUGGUGUACUUCAUCUCUGUCCUCAUGGUCUCCAAGUACCGCGACAUCCUGGAGCCCCAGCGUGAGACGGCCCGGAUGAGCAGCCAUUCAGGCCACAGCAUACGUCAGGAGAUCAACUCACCCACCAGCACAGAAACACCCCUAGCAUUCAGCAGCAGUAAUGAUCAUCUCGGACCAUCAGAGAACCUCCACAUGGAGAGCAGCUCUCUCCCCCGCACGGACUCUGGGAUCGGAGAGGAUCACGUCGCCAGCAUCCUUAACGGGUCUGACCCAGAUCCCGGCGCCGGAGGUCCGGACGCUGGUGGCGAGCAGAUAUCCACGUUGUACUCUGAGGUGAAGAAGUCCAGGGAGAGUCUGUCUGAGUCACCCACCGUGGAGCUGCAGAAACCGCCCUCCUCCAUCAGCAGCAUUAGCCAGCCCAACAAGGGCAUCAGUGUCAAGGACAUCCUGAAGAGCCUGGUGGCGGCUCCAGUGGAGGGACUGGAGACUGGGCUGGAGCCGGUGUCCUACCCAGACCCUGCUGCCCAGGCCCAGGCCAUGCUGCCCAUGCAGUUUCACUCCUUUGACAGGAGUGUGAUGGUGCCAGUGAAGAAGACGUGCCCUGGCAGCCUGGCAGUUAACACAGUGGGGAGCAGCAGCAGCACCUCUGCCGGCCUGACAGCUGGCAGCACCCCCAACAUCUUUGCCUCUGCCACCGUGACCCCAAAAAGCAUGAUCAACACCACGGGAGCCACCGAGGCUGCCCCCCCUACCUCGUCCUCAUCCUCCUCCAGUUUUGUAAAUGGAGCCACCAGCAAAAAUCUGCCUGCCGUGCAGCCGGUGGCCCCGAUGCCUGAAGACACAGUCGAGAACAUGAGCAUCACUACAAAGCUGGAGCGGGCCCUGGAGAAGGUGGCGCCCCUGCUGAGGGAGAUCUUUGUCGACUUUGCACCUUUCCUAUCACGCACCCUGCUGGGCAGCCAUGGUCAAGAGCUGCUGAUCGAAGGUCUCGUGUGCAUGAAGUCGAGCACCUCAGUGGUGGAGCUUGUGAUGCUGCUUUGUUCUCAGGAGUGGCAGAACUCUAUUCAGAAGAACGCCGGCCUGGCCUUCAUUGAGCUCAUCAACGAGGGAAGGUUGCUCUGCCACGCCAUGAAGGACCACAUCGUGCGGGUCGCCAACGAGGCUGAGUUCAUCCUGAACAGGCAGCGAGCGGAGGACGUCCACAAACACGCAGAGUUCGAGUCCAACUGCGCCCAGUAUGCUGCUGACAGAAAAGACGAAGAGAAGAUGUGUGACCACCUGAUCAGUGCCGCCAAGCACAGGGACCACGUGACGGCCAAUCAGCUGAAGCAGAAAAUCGUCAACAUCCUCACGAACAAGCACGGCGCCUGGGGGACGCUGGCCCAGAGUCAGCUGCACGACUUCUGGCGUCUGGACUACUGGGAGGAUGACCUGCGGCGGAGGCGGAGAUUUGUCAGAAACCCAUCUGGCUCCACCCACUUGGACAUCACGUGCAAGUCGCUGCAGGAAUAUGGCUCCGUGGAGGAGGAGGUCGUCAGGUCUAAGAAAUCCGUCCGCCUCCAGCCCGUGACGAGCCAGAACCCGGAGACGGAGCUGAUGCUGGACGGGGACGAUGACGCUGUCAGCCUGCUGCAGGAGAAGGAGAUGGACAACAUGGGUGCACUGUUCCCUCCUCGUGGGUUUAUCUCCAGAGGCCCCGUGGUUCUGAGCAGCCCGGCCCAGCUCGUCGCCCCUGUCCUGGUGGCCCGGGGGACUCUGUCCAUCACCACCACUGAGAUCUACUUCGAGGUGGACGAGGAUGACCCCGCCUUCAAGAGGGUCGACCCCAAGGUCUUAGCAUACACUGAGGGUUUACAUGGGAAGUGGAUGUUCAGUGAGAUCCGUGCAGUCUUCUCCAGACGUUUCCUCCUCCAGACCACAGCAGUGGAGGUCUUCAUGGCCAACAGAACAUCAGUCAUGUUCAACUUUCCGGACCAGGCCACGGUAAAGAGGGUGGUCUACAGUCUCCCUCGUGUGGGAGUGGGCACCAGCUAUGGACUCCCACAAGCCAGGCGCAUCUCCCUGGCCACACCUCGGCAGCUUUUCAAAUCCUCCAACAUGACCCAGCGCUGGCAGAGGAGAGAGAUCUCCAACUUCGAGUACCUCACGUUCCUCAACACGACUUCGGGGAGGACGUACAAUGACCUGAACCAGUACCCCGUCUUUCCCUGGGUCCUCACCAACUACGACUCCGAGGAACUGGACCUGACACUGCCAGGGAACUUCAGGGAUCUCUCCAAGCCUGUUGGCUCUCUGAAUCCGAAGCGUGCAGCGUUCUACGCCGAACGCUACGAGACGUGGGACGACGACCAGACACCACCGUGUCAUUACAACUCCCACUACUCCACCGCUGCCACCGCCCUGCACUGGCUUGUCAGAAUAGAGCCCUUCACCACAUUUUCCCUCAGUGUCAAUAACAACAAGUUCGACCACCCUGACCGCAGCUUUUCAUCCAUUACCCGCUCCUGGAGGAACUGCCAGAGGGACACCUCCGACGUGAAGGAGCUGAUCCCUGAGUUCUACUACCUCCCGGAGAUGUUUGUCAACAGCAACGGCUACCACCUGGGAAUGAGGGAGGACCGGAGCCUGGUCUGUGACGUGGACUUGCCAGCCUGGGCCAAGACGCCUGAAGACCUUGUUAGGAUAAACAGGAUGGCCCUGGAAAGCGAGUUUGUGUCAUGUCAGCUGCAUCAGUGGAUUGACCUUAUUUUCGGCUACAAGCAGCGAGGCCCGGAGGCGGUGCGUGCCCUCAACGUCUUCCACUACCUGACCUACGAGGGCUCCGUCAACCUGGACAGUAUCACUGACCAUUCGCUCAGAGAGGCCACAGAGGCACAGAUCCAGAGCUUUGGACAGACGCCAUCUCAGUUGCUUAUUGAGCCACAUCCUCCACGCAGCUCCGCCAUGCACCUGAGUCCUCUCAUGUUCAAGGACCAGCUGCAGCAGGAUGUCAUCAUGGUGCUGAAGUUCCCGUCCAACUCCCCGGUGACCCAUGUGGCCGCCAACACCCUGCCCCAUCUGAUCGUCCCCGCUGUGGUCACCGUCACCUGCAGCCGCCUUUUCGCUGUCAACCGAUGGCACAACACCGUCGGUCUCCGAGGAGCCCCGGGCUACUCUCUGGAGCAGGCCCAUCACUUACCCAUAGAGAUGGAUUCUCUGGUCGCCAACAGUACUGGAAGCAACAAGCGUCAGAUCACAGACCUGGUGGACCAGAGCAUCCAAAUCACCACACACUGUUUUGUGGUGACAGCUGACAACCGUUACAUCCUGGUGUGUGGCUUCUGGGACAAGAGCUUUCGUGUGUACUCCUCGGAGACAGGGAAGUUGACCCAGAUAGUCUUUGGCCACUGGGAUGUGGUGACGUGUCUGGCCAGGUCAGAGUCUUACAUCGGGGGAGACUGCUACAUCGUCUCCGGGUCCAGGGACGCGACCCUGCUGCUGUGGUACUGGAGCGGCCGGCACCACAUUAUUGGUGAUAACCCCAGUAACACCGACUACCCAGCUCCACGCGCGGUCCUGACGGGUCAUGACCAGGAAGUUGUGUGUGUGUCCGUCUGUGCAGAGCUGGGCCUGGUCAUCAGCGGAGCCAAAGAGGGUCCGUGUCUGGUCCACACCAUCACCGGGGACCUGCUGCGGGCCCUGGAGGGGCCGGACCACUACCAGCGGGCGCGGCUCAUCUCGGUGUCCAGCGAGGGCCACUGCAUCAUCUACUACGAGGGGGGGCGCUUCUGCAACUUCAGCAUUAAUGGAAAACUGCUGGCACAGAUGGAGGUCAACGACUCCACCAGGGCGAUUCUCCUGAGCAGCGACGGCCACAACCUGGUGACCGGGGGGGACAGCGGCGUGGUGGAGGUGUGGCAGGCGUGUGAUUUCAAACAGCUCUACGUGUACCCGGGCUGUGACGCCGGCGUCCGGGCCAUGGACCUAUCACACGAUCAAAGGACUUUGAUCACGGGGAUGGCGUCCGGCAGUAUCGUGGCGUUUAACAUCGAUUUCAAUCGGUGGCACUAUGAGCAUCAGAACCGCUACUGAGGAGACACACAGCAGGGGGGGGGGCGAGUGUGCAGAGAGGAACAGCGACAGCCAGGGGGGCGGACCACCGAGUCCAGAGGUGCUCCACUGGUUUGGGCAACAUCUGCAUGGUGAAGAUGAUAAAGAACAAACGGGGCUUGUGUCAACUUGUUGCCAUUUGUGUGUUUGCUUCACAAUCCCAACACAGUCUCUGUGGUUGUCACCUGAGGACCAGUGGGACGGAGCCGAACUCACCUGCUGUGGUGGACGAGGAGACACUGGGAUCCAGUUUAAGCUUCGAAACUGACCUGGAUGUGCGAUUUAAAGUUCCUGUAUCAAACUGUGAAAAACAACAAAUGUAUCCCCUGUUCAAAAAACAUUUAUACAACAUUUGUAUGACGGAUACAUGUCUCACUUUUUCUAGCAACAUUAAUAUAAAGUGUAAAUAUGGACAGUGUAAAGAUCUUAAAGCUGUUAGUCUGUAGCCUUCAUGUUCUAAACCUCUCAGUCACGUGAACCAUGUGGAAAUGUUCAAAAUGGCGUCGUUGCACUGCAGACGUUAGUGACCUGUGUGUGUGCGGCCAUCGUCUGCUCUCUGUCAUGAACGUGGUCCGAUGUGCAAACGUGAAAAUAAACUAUUGUUAAUUUGUCGUUUGAUCGUCUAAAUGGAAGAAAAGUCUAAUUCAGUGUGAGUCUGUCGUGAAGUUUUUGUUUUCGAUUACCACGUCAACAGAAAUGAUUCAUUGUGAUAUUCCCAUCCUUACUUUAUAUUUAGGACUAUUUUGUUUUAUUAAUGGCAAAGGAUUGAAAUACUGAGAGCAAACUCAUCAAAUGAUUCAAGUGGGAAACAGCAGGAUUGUGUUGAAGCUGUUGAAGCCAUUAUUUUAAGAGAAAGUGUCAUUUUUAAGAUCUACAAUUGUUUGCUCUGCGGACAUCAAUCUUCUGACUUGUGCAUCUCAACACUUUUUCAGUUUUUGCCCCAUUUUUGCACAAAACAUGAGCUUGUUAAUUUCAAGUCUGUGAAAUCCUGAUCCAGCUGUGACACCAUGUAUUGUUAAGCAAUAUAAAGUCUGAUGAAGGUUCUCAGCUGUUUGACGAUGAGAGGAUCUGAUGAUGAGCAGAGGAAUGUUCCAAAAAGUGACUGUGAGCUAUUUUUGGUGAGAUGAAAAAAAACGGUUGUUUGUGUGUUUAGCCGCGAGACGACGAUUUUUAAAGUGAACAAAAAUAUGCAAAAUGAUUUUGAGUUUGCAUUCUUCGUGUCUGUCGGUGCUAAAAGACAAACGCCGGACCCGGAGCUGAGGUCGUGCAUGCUAACAGCCGCUCAAGCCAUCGGGUUUACUCUGCUCUUCAUUACUGUGAAUCUAUCUGUUUCACAAUUUGUGUAUUUUGAUUUUAUUUAAGAUUUUAAGAAACAUUAAGAUUUGUUUUUUUCCAAAUAGUUUCUGCUUAUGCGAUAAAUCAAAAUGAAGAACUGAAUUGAACUGCUGUCAUUUGUUGUGUUGUUUUUUUUAAUACAAAUGAAUAAACACACGAGUCUCAGGA